UCGUGAAUAAUAAAAUACGCAAUGUCAAUUUGACAAAUUUUUCAAAAUGACCGAGUCUAAGAAAUCGUUUGAAUCAACGAAUCAUCCUGAAGAAGAAUUAUCUUUCAUCAUACCUGUGAUCAUAGGCUGCAUGUUGCUAAGCAUUCCUGUUCGCAUCGUGGUAAGACAACUUAAUCUUCACGUCUCACAGAAUGCUUUCCUGCUGGUAAUCGGCAUCUUCAUCGGCGCCAUAUUUACUACCAUCGAUGGCAUGAACUCGUGGAAAGACAUAAUGAAUUUAAACCCGGACAUGUGCUUCCACAUUUACAUUCCCAUAUUUAUUGCGUCGACGGUGAUUCGUGUCCACCAUUACACCUACUUGCGGUCCCUGCCGCAAGUUCUUACCUCAGUUAUUCUGGGAACCCUAAUCAGCUCGGUGGCUCUCGGCUCCAUUUUGUCGUACAUCCUGCACAAAGAAUGGAACUUAACCCAUGGCAUUCUCGUGGCUUUGGUAACAAUACCAAUUCAUCCCCUGCCCGCAAUCCUACACCUUCGGGACAUGACCAAACACCGCAUUCUUGGGACAAUGCUCGAGGCUGAAUCAGUCAUGCUGCUGAUGCCAGUAUGUGGACUGUUCGAUAUUUUACUUGGCAUUCAAGGAAAAUAUGUCAUUUCCUGGAAACAGGUACUAUUCAUUUCACUGCGACAAGUCGGAGGCGGAUGUUCAGUAGGAGUCAUUAUCGGCAGAUUUGUGGUGACACUUCUUAAAUGGUUGUACAAUGAUCCAGCGAAUGUAGUUGUCACCACAUUGGGAAUGAAUUAUUUUGUAUAUUUUCUGUGUGAAAAGUUAUUAGGUUGUUCGGGACCAAUAGCCAUUAUAAUCUUGAAUUGUUUUAUUAUGUUGUCAAGCCAUCGGUUCACAGAUGAUGUUAUCGCAAGUUUGAAAUAUUUCUGGGGUUAUUUGAAUUAUACGGCGGAGGUUGGAAUGCUAAUGGUUUGCACAGUCACUUUAACAAUCUAUAUCAUCAAUAAUUUACAAAUCCAAGACAUAUACGGCACUAUUUUGAUUUAUUUCGCUGGAUUACUUUUAAGACUGCUUAGGUUUUUGGUUUUGAGUCCUUUGCUGAAUCUGAUGACAUACGAAUUGAACAUCAAAUGUUUGCUGGUUUUGGGAUGGUGCGACAUUAAAGGCUGCAUCAACAUAAAUCUUUUGUUGAAGUUACUUCGCGCCACGAACGGAAUGAAAGAAGACUAUACGAAGAGAUGCAUGAUGGAACUGCUGAUGUACUGUUUCUUGAGUAUCUUUGUAAACACUGGUUUAGUAAGAGUGAUUGUCCGUUCUUUGGGGUUCAUGGAGAUGAGUUCCAUGAGAAAACACAAUAUGAAUAAUUGCAUGGGGUUCAUUAUGGAGAAGCGCACAGAGUUGAUGAAAAUAUUGAAGCAAAAUCGAUUUUUUGCGUUGGGCAAUUGGCACCGGGUGAAAGAAGACACGUUUUUGCCGGAUCCAUAUCAAAAAUUAAAGCGGACACAAUACGAAGAAAUAAAAAAAGCACGCGAUGAGAGUAUUUGGAUUGAUGGUAAAAAAUGUCCCGCUUGUGUUGUUGACUUUGCUGUAGAUACAACUGAAGAGGAUUUAGUUAUUUUACUUAAGGAGACUGAUUUCAACAUAUUGAAAGCGAAAAAAAUAUCGAUGGUUAAACAAUAUGAAAAUGGCGUCAUCAAUAAAUACAGCCUCGAGGUACUUAUUCAUUAUCUCGAUAUAAUGUUUGAGUCAAGUAAGGAAAAUCAAAUGCUAAGCGUAAAUCGAUUUCUAAACAAGAACAAAGUGUUGAUGUUCCUCCGCAAAGCAUUGGCGAAGUUCUACGCUCAUAAACCUUAUCAGCAAUCGCAAAGUAACUGCGGUACCUUUUGCUUCUACGUGACUAUGCAUAUCUGCUACGACUCUGUCCUGCUUGUAGUCACUAUCAUCUAUGCGGUUGUAUCCAUUGCAGUCGAGAGUGAAGAAUCAAGAGAAAAUAUUCACACCAUGCAUGUGUUGAUAACUAUGCUGUUCCUAUGUGAUUUAAUAUUUAAACUGAUUGGAUUGUCGGUCGUGUGGCUAGUAAUCUCUGGAAUCAUGCCGUAUUUUAAGCGUAAACGCAACAUUGUGGAUUUUUUUCUUCUUCUCAUGAUGUUAUUCAAUCUAAGACUGGCGACUUUGUCUAAUAUUUAUGACUGGUGGUACUAUUAUGUCAUUCCACCGCUAAGACUCUUGGCCGUGAUUCGUUUGGUGCAACUUCCAAGUAAAUUGAUUUUUGUUUGUCCAUAUCUCAUUAAAUGUAUUGAUAGUAAAAUUGACACUUCGCUCUGUUGGGAUUAUGAUCUGGCCAUAGCAGUACUAAAUUCAGCCGAUGAGAUAUUGGAUAGUUUGCCGACAUUAAUCGAGUUGAAGAUUAUCAGAGAUCUAUACAGGAAGAGCAUUAACGCAGAAAAAACUAUCUUAAUGCAAAAAAUGGCGAUUGUACAAAAAGAACGUCCUUGGAUUGCAAUCACAGUUAGAACAAAACAGGCAAUUCGAACGACGCUAACAGCAUUGGAAGACUCUCUAAACGAAUACAAAGUAACCGGUGUCAUUGAUAACAUUGAAUACACCUUUAUCUACGAUGAAAUUUUCAUAAAGCAGAAAAUCUUACGCGGAAUCAAGUUUAUUCAGACAACUUCACCGAAAACAAUUUUUAAAGAAGUUAUUUGGAUGAGUGACGAUGAAUCGGUAGUAGAUUCGCUUCUCCAGAAAGCACAUCUCAUCAAAUUAGAACCGGAUGAAGUUAUAGUCAAACAUGGCCGCCACUAUUUAGGCAUUUACAUCGUUGUCGCCGGCGUCCUAAGAUUGAAAUAUAAACCACCUAAAGAUUUUGUUACCAGUCCUCUUGGGUGCAUACCUAUUGUGGAUAAUUUGAAUACAACACGCUUUGACACUGCAUUCGAAGACGAUCUUGUUGUGGGAAACACACUUGGUGAGCUGUGUAUGCUCACAAACAGACCCAGUGACUGUCGUAUACACGCAGUGUCAUCAAGUUCCGUUUACUUUUUAUCAGCAGAAGUAAUUAAGAACGCAAUGUUAUCAGACAACAAUCCCAUUAAUGGUUUGGCAUCUCGCAUGUGGAAGAGUUCGGUUAUUCAUCUAGCAAUCGCCAUCUUAAUGGAAUUCCCAUUGCAUGUGUCUUACACCACACAACAAAUCAAAUUACAUCUGGAACGUGCUUUUGUUCCAAAUUUAUGCGGUCGCAAUGUCUUCAAUGUCACUGAUAUGAUGGACAAUGUUGUUCUGAUCGAAGGUGUUGUUGCUGAUUACACCACGCAGGAAUUGUUUGUUGCGCCGUUGUUGAUACCAAGAACUCUUCAAAAGUUAUCAUUGUCUGAAACUAUCCAGACACGUUUGCUCAUUAUUCCGAAUGCGGAUGCACAAGAGGCAGAUUUUAUAAAGCAGCUGGAGGAUACUGCAGAGGAAGGAGAGGUAAUAUCUAAGAAGUCAUAUAAAAGUGGUAAAGAAAUAUUUUCCACGCCAUCGGAUUCUGGAGCUCAUUAUAAUACCAAACAACACUUGGACAUUGUUAAAAUGGAUGAAGAAAGUCAAAGCAACUCAGCAGAUGAAGAUUAUGCAGUUACCUACUCAUAUUUGAAAAAGAAUCGUUCUCUGCGCAAGUAUAACGAUUCAAAUCAAGAUGAAUUAAUCUAGAUAAUGUUCAACAAAACUUGUUCCAAAUCACAUGAUGAUGCCCCCUAGACUCUAAUCGUGACUUCCUCAUCAUUGGCGCUUUCAACGAGUCCAUUCUCAUCAGCUCUGGCUAGAAUAUCACAAAUCAAAGGCGAUUCAACGCCCAAAAUAUACUCGCAGUAACGUGGUUCCAAUAAAUACAACGACACUGUGUUCUGA